ACUUCCCUUUUCAUUGAAGAAGCAGAGUGUGUGUAUGUGUGUGUGUGUGUGUGUGUGUGUGUGUGUGUGUGCGCGUGUGUGUGUCUCGCCUGUGUUGCUAUGUUCGCCAUAAAUCACAGUCACCGCGAGGCUCAGACAGUUAAUCUUUUCCUGCUGUCACUGAUUCGUUGGCAUUUUUCCUCCUGUUCUCUGUUUUAACGCAGAUGGAGUGAGACAACGCAGCACCGAGAAUAGAGGAGCACGAGGGCGUUUUGUAGCGUCCGCGGAGGGCCGUCUCUGGUGUCUGGCUUCUUUUCCUUUGCGAAUUUUCUGUUUUAACGCAGAUAGAGCGAGGCGGCGUUGCACUGCAGAAAAAAAAGAGAAAAUCAAGCCUGUUCGUGGUGGUGGUGGGGGCGGGUUGGGGGAGGGAGAGGAAAAUGUGUUCUUAGUGCUGUUUUGUUCAAGGUCCUGCAAAGAGAAAGCGUUGGCACUUAAGAUGACCUGUUAAUGGUUCUGAAGACGCCAAUCACUUCGACUUCCCAACAGAACGAAACAGUGCAAUUGCGUUCUUGGGUUUAAUAUUGAAAGGGUGAAGUGACUGGGUUUUCUCCAUCACCCUUACAGAACGAAACAGUGCAAUUGCGUUCUAAGGUUUAAUAUUGAAAGGGUGAAGUGACUGGGUUUCCUCCAUCACCCUUACCACGUACUCUGCCAUCCCUCGUUACAGUCUAAGUCACCACCAUCACUCUUUGUUCACCAGCAUCACCAUUUUCAACAUGCGUAUUGUUUAUCAUCACCACAUACAACAUUCAGCACCAAAACUACCACACUACCAAUUUUGUUUGCGAUCUGCACCAUCACUACCGCCUCCUCCUCCUCCUCCUCCUCCUCUGUAUACACCACAGUCACCAUCACCCUUCUCCACCAUUCACGUUCGAUACUCCACUGGUAUUACCUCCACCACCUCUCACACCACCACCACCUCGGGGGCCUUAAACUCCAUCAUUCAUAGCCGAAUCUCCUCCACCACCACCACCACCACCACCACCACCAAUAAACUGCCCACGUGCUGUGCCUUUGGAUACCGAGUUUUCGUAACACACAAACCACAACACCCAACACCCUCAUUUGUCACCCCCUCCCCUGUCAACCCCUCCCUUUCCCUCCCUUUCCUCUCUUCCCUUGCCUUCCCAUUCCCUUCCCUCCCUUCCCAUUCCCUCCCCUCCCUUCCCUUGCCUUCCCAUUCCCUUCCCUCCCUUCCCAUUCCCUCUCCUCCCUUCCCAUUCCUUCCCCUCACUUUCCCUGCCCUUCCCAUUCCUUCCCCUCACUUUCCCUGCCCUCCCCUUACCUCCCCUUUCCCUCCCCUCUCAAUCCCUCCUGCCUUCCCUUUCCAUCCCUCCCCUACUUAUAAAUUCACCCCUACUAAACUUUCACCCACCCUUCCUUCUGCAUUCCACCCCUUCCCCCUCCCUCCCCCUCCCUUCCCUCUACAUCCCACUUCACCCCCCUCACAUCCUCCUGCAUCCUACCCCUUCCAUCUAUCUCCCCCUCCCUUCCCUUUACAUCCCACCCCUUCCAUCCCGCCCUCCCUUCUGCAUGCCACCCCUUCCAUCUACCCCCCCCCCUCCCCAUUGUAUUCUUAUCCUGUUGGUCUUCCACUUUCGUCCAUUCCACCCUUUAUAACGGAGAUAAGCACCGAGGCCACGCGCAUCUCCACCUCGUCCACCUCUAAUUUUCACUACCUUUUCAAUCCUCCACCUCGUCCACCUCUUCUUUUCACUACCUUUUCAACCCUCCAACUCGUCCACCUCUUCUGUUCACUACCUCUUCAACCCUCCACCUCGUCCACCUCUUCUGUUCACUACCUCUUCAACCCUCCAUCCCCAACCACCACCUCCAUAUACCACCACAUACUUUCAUCCAUUCCACCCCUUCCAAUAUAUCAACUGAUUCCACCCCUCCUCUGCUCAUAUAUCCACCUCUAAUCACCAUCUCCUCCACCUCUUAUCAGUACUCCUUCCACUACUUUACACUAACUCCCUUCCAUAUAUCCCCCGCCCAUAUAUCCACCCCUAACCACCACCUUCUCUACUUGUUAUCCUUACCCCUUCCACUACUCCACUUGCUCCCUUCCUACCCUCCCCAUCACAUAUAUCCACCCCAAUUCGACUCCCACGUUCUGUAGUCCACCUUCCUCCACCCCGCACACCCCACAACGCUGCCCACCCAACCAUCCAACCAACUCACCACCACACUGCUACAUCUCACACCGCCACCAUACCGCCGCCACCUCGCCACCAAGAAUCCCACGUCAGGACCCUCCAAUAUCUUAGGCUCAAGGGACGACUUAACAGGCUUUUGAUGUCCCUUGUCCCGCUUCUCUAACGGCCAUUAAGUCCUCGUUUACACAUCCUGCCGGUAUAGUAAUCUCAUGCCUCGUCUCUGCCUCCCCCCCCUCACCCUCCCUUGCACCCCCCCACCCCACUACCACCGUCGAUGUGUCCUGAGUGGUGGGGGUGAUGGUAAUGGUGGUGGUGGUGGGCAGAUAGGGGUUUACACGUGUUUUAGGGUACGGUGUUUGGUGUAGUAUUCCUUCACUCCUUCACUUUUUUUCCGUUUUCUUUGUUUACGUGUACCUUUUCUUUUUCUUCUCUAUCGCACUUAUUCAUAUUCUUAUCAUUUUUCUUUUUUUCGCUCUGUUUAUUUUUUUUACGCGUGCUCUACAGAUCGGUUUUAAAAGUCGGUGUUGAUUUAGUUUUCUUUAUCUUUUCCCCCGUUUUUUUUUCACUUUUUCUUUUACUUCCUCGUUUUCUUCUCCUAUAUCGCACUUCUUCUUAUUUAUGUUCUUCUUUUUGUCGUCUUCGUCUUCUGUAUCUCAUUUGUUCUUAUUUUUUAUUCAUAUUCUUAUCAUUCGUCUUUCGAUGUUUAUUUAUUUAUUGGUUUAAAGGUUCGGUGUUGCUAUAGUAUUCGUUUUCUUCCUCUCCCUUUUUUUUUUCUUUCUCUUCUAGCCAGUCUUUCUCUUCCUCUCCCUUUUUUUUCUUUUUCUUCAAGUCAGUCUUUUUCUUCCUCUUUUUUUUCUUUUUCUUCUGGUCAGUCUUUCUCUUCCUCUCCCUUUUUUUUCUAGUCAGUCUUUUUCUUCCUCUCUUUUUUUUCUU